UGUCGACACUCUUUCUCCAUCAAAUCUCUUCUUCUUCUCUCUUUCUCUACACUCUUCCCAACACGCCAUGACCGCACUCGUAUCCUCCGCCGGAUCAAAAUAAAUCAACUCAAUCGGGAUUCGUGUUCGUCGAUCAGAUCAUCAAUUUUCACAAGAUUCCAUCUUUUAUAAUCCCAUGUCAUUCGUUGAGGAUCUUUGGCCCUGGCUCAGCCCUCCAGGUUUCCUAGAAAAAUCUCGGCUUUUCAAAGAGUCCCUUUUGCAGUCCAUGGCCAACACGAGCUGCGGGAGCGCGGAGAUCGAGGCCUGCCGCAACGAGUCGUCGGCUUUCGUCCUCAAGCUAAUCGCUGUCGCUUCGAUUCUCCUGGCCGGAGUCGUCGGAGUCGCAAUUCCCCUCGUCGGUAAGAACCGCAGCUUUCUCCGCACCGACGGUAGCCUCUUCGUUGCCGCCAAGGCCUUCGCCGCCGGGGUAAUUCUUGCCACCGGGUUUGUCCACAUGCUCCCGGACGGGUCGGCCGCCCUGAACGACCCGUGCCUGCCGGAAUACCCCUGGACCAAGUUCCCCUUCUCGGGAUUUUUCGCCAUGAUGGCCUCGCUUGCCACGUUGCUCGUCGACUUUGUUGGGACCCAGUAUUACGAGAGGAAACAGGGGAAGACUCGCCCCGCCGAGGACCAGGUGCGGGUCGCGUCGGAUGACCCGGAGAUUGAGGCGGGUACGGGUCCCGAACAUCCGGCGAGGGAGUUGAAUGGGAAGGUGUUUGGGGAAGAGGAAGGCGGUGGGAUGCACAUUGUUGGGAUGCAUGCGCACGCGGCGCACCACGGACACAGCCACGCGCACGGCCAGGCCGGAUGUGAUGGGCACGUGACGAGGGAAUCCGAACCGGAACACGGGCACGAUUCGCACGGGCACGGGCAUGGGCAUUCUCACGGGUUCGGGGAUGAUGACGAGGACGGUGGUGUCCGCCACGUGGUCGUUUCUCAGAUUUUGGAACUUGGGAUUGUAUCACAUUCAGUGAUCAUAGGCCUAUCACUGGGAGUUUCACAGAGCCCAUGCACCAUAAGACCCUUGGUUGCAGCAUUGUCAUUCCAUCAGUUCUUUGAAGGUUUUGCACUUGGAGGCUGCAUAUCUCAAGCCCAAUUCAAGACCCUAGCAACAACCCUAAUGGCCUGUUUUUUCGCCGUCACAACCCCGCUUGGGAUAGGCGUUGGGAUCGCCAUUUCUUCGUUCUACAACCCGGACAGUGCGGGAGCUUUGGUCACCGAGGGCAUCUUGGAUUCCAUGUCCGCCGGAAUUCUAGUGUACAUGGCGUUGGUUGACCUAAUUGCUGCUGAUUUUUUGAGUAAGAGGAUGAGCUGCAAUUUCAGGCUUCAACUUGUAUCUUAUUGCUGUCUCUUUGUUGGAGCUGGAUUGAUGUCAUUACUUGCAAUUUGGGCUUAAUUAGUUUCUUAUUUUUUUGGGGAGGGUUAAUGUUUUAGCAUUCCAAGUGAAAUUGAAAUUCUUUCCGCUUGUUUCUGUGAUAGGGAAGAGUUAGUUGUACUCAUUCGGAUUGUGAUGGCUCAAAUAAAAUAUAAAAUCUCCCAUUACUUUUGUCAACAA